AUCAUCACCUAAAUCUUCAGUAGUACUGGAGCUAACAAGAUGCCGGUGUACAUCAGGAAGGGUCCAUUGGAAAUACCUCCAGGAUCUGAGAGAAAUUGGGCUGCUGAAGAUGAAGAGGAUUACUUCCUCAGGGAUCCAAACCAGACAGUAGACCAGUUGCCACAACCUUAUCGUAUUUUAACAAAAAUUGUGGAUUUCCUGAUUGACCAGGCAUGGGACAUUAUCACAAUAAAAGAGCAGAACAAAGCGGAAGAAAAAUGCAAGGCAAAGAUCUCUAUGUGUGAACCAACUGCUGAAAUCCAGAUCAAGAGAAGAGUGAAUUGCUUGGCUGUUUCAGAAACCUUUUUAUUUGCGGGACUUUCUGAAGGACUUGGUGUAUAUCGUUUGCCCGCUUGUACUUGGAUUUGUGGAUGGCAAGCUGCAGACAUAGAAAUUUAUAGCCUCAUUGUGUGCCAAAUUAAAAGUCACAUGUAUCUCAUUGGCACAGUGGAUGACAUGGGAAUCGCACGCCUAUUUUGCUUUGCUGAAGACAAAUUCAUCCUUUUGAAAGUGUUUAAUGAGCCAGUGGAUAUAAGUAAGCGGACUGUCAUUGUUCACUUUAAGAUCUCCUAUGGGGGAGAUUAUGUUGGGGUUCUUCAGGAAGGCAACGGAGAAUGCUUUCUAGAAGUUUACAGGCUGCCCAAAGAUGCCUGGUUGAAGGAGCUGGAACAAUCACAAGUAGGCGCACAACAAACAAGCUCAGCAAACACACCUCUAGCUUUGCCAGCAAGACAAGCGACACCCAGUCAAGUGGCACAAAGGCUUGCUGAUGUGCACGCAACAGAGGUUUCAGAAAUGACAGGCUUGGUACCCCCUAUGGUUGAAUUAAAGUUCACCCCACCAUUGCUGUUAAUGAAGAUUAAACCUCCCAGACCAAUCACAGGAAGCUUAUUCAAAAGUCCAAUGGAAGCAGUGCAGAAGAGUGAAGAAAGCAGUGUGUUUGGCACUGGACAGAAUCAUAUAAUCAGCUCUCAUCAGUGGGAGCAGCAAGAAGAAAUAUUUUCUAGAAUUUUUCAAAAGUACCUUCAUUUAGAAACCUCUGACUCAGAUGCAGGAGAAAGUUCAAGGCACACAAUGUUUCAUUUUCUUCAGCUUGGCAUUUUACAAGGUGAUUCAGAAAGAAAUCAUACAGCUUUGCCUAAUGCCAUCUGUGUUCACUGGAGCGGAAGCCAUAAUCUCUUACUCUACCAGCUUAUUAGACCUGCUAAGGAUAAGGCAGAUGCUGAACCAAAGCCUGAUACAGUUUGGCCAUGUGCAUCCAAUAUAACAUGUUCAGCAGUGAGUAGUUGUGCUUCGUUCUUGGCCCUUGGAUUGGAAGAUGGGACGCUUACAGUAUGGGACAUUAAAUAUUCUGGAUUCCCAUUAACUGUAGUUGGCCUUCCAGAGGGGAAGUCCAUCAAAAGUCUCUAUUUUCUAAAGUGCUCCACUUACCAAGAUCCUUUGUCAAAUAGAAUUCCAGUAUCAUCCAAAGCCCAGAUCUUGGUGUGGUUCACAGAUACAUCCCUCUACCUAGUUACUGCAGUAGGAGGCAAGGAAACUAAUUUUGUUAUUUUACAGGAAGGCUUUGAACAUUCAGAUGACCAAAUAAGUGCGGUUGUGCCGAUAAGUUCACUUCCAAAUUUGUAUCUUUUGUUUUCCUGUAAUGGCAAAGUGGAGCUCAUGGAUGUUACAUUAAAAACAACAGUUUGCCAGUUUUGUUUACCAUUCCCAUAUUUACUAGCAUCUCCUUGGCAACCAGUGUUUGCUCUUGAUUCAGAAAAUGCAACACUUUAUAUUAAAGGUGAUGAGAAAGUUGCUGCUGAUGAGAUUUUGGCUUCAGAAAACAGGGCUUGUUAUUUGUUUACUUUCACCUUUAGUAGCUUGUCACUAAUGUCUUCUAUUACCAAGAGCCAGCAGCAUACGUCACUUACCUUGGAGAGUUUACCAUGGGAACAGAAGUGUGAGGUUUUGCUGCAAAAUAGGUUGCAGACAUUUUCUGAGAGAAGAAAGCAAAUUGCAGAGUCAUGGUCUAGUCUUCGAAAACAUGCUGCUGAUUUAACACGUCAAGUAAAAUCAAACGGAUAACAGUUGUUGUGUUUUUUUUAUAUGUCUGUUAUUAAAAUUCAGUUUCAUACA